UGGGGAAGUGGUUGCUACGUUGAUUGCCUCAGUGUAGACUUGAGAGAGGGGGAGAGCCGCUUGGGAUGGGAGAGACACAAUGGUCGUCAGAGCGCGAGAUACGAUUUGUGGGCCCGUUCAUUGCCGAUAAAACGCUCUCCACACGCUCACCGCUCGUCACUGAACAACAUUUUUGGAACGAGUCACACGCACGUUGCCCCACUGCGGAAAAGGAGCAAAAACAAGUCGUCUUCGAGGAAAUCCAAAUAACAUUUAUUUUCACAAACAGAAAUCAUAAAUUAAUCAAAGGCAUUGUUACAACAUAGACGACUUUCGCACCCAAUUCUCGCUUUUCGCUGAGAGGGCCAAGCAGUCUGGAAAGCCAGAGGAAGUUGGCGACAAAAUGUGCCGCUGCUGUCAAAACUGUUGGGAAGAUUUCUACUGGAAUUGCUUCGAGGAGCGUUUUUGCUACGACGAAUCGAUCGCCAACUACAUUCCCGAGGACGACGAGGACUACUUGGCCUCCAGAAAGAAUGGCCAGAUUGUCGGACGCAUUCAGCCUACAUCGGCGGAUAAUAAUAAUUUGUUGACGUUGCCCCAGCCGAUUUGCGAUCAGCCGCAAAUGAGACAGGGCAACUCGAGCCCGGGCCUGAGCCUAAUGAGCGCCAAGAUACACGAAGAGGACUAUCGGAGGGAGACUCAGAUCAAUGUGCCCAAUUUGGGACCAGAGAUAUUGGCAGUGUUCUCCAAUUCGCAGAUUUUCCAGGACCAUCAGCCCACCAAGCUAAACCGGAUCAGUACUAAGACAUAUCUAGCAGGGAUCCAUUCGCCGAAUCGCGAGAUGCCAACGACUCCGCGUCCCAGUGAUGAGGAUAGAUUGCUGCGACGUCUGGAAGGCGAUGACACAGAUGCAAGACCAGGAUCGGCCGAGAAGCGGAUCACAUUCACGUUGGCGCCCAGUUCCGCCGAAUGCUCUCCUUCAGGAAGCCAAUCGACCCUCACUCCCAAGAAAUUCGAGCCUAUUGCCGAGGAGGAAAAGGAGGACGGAAAUGCCGACGAGGAGGUGGUGCUGCGACCUAGACUGAUCGACAGGCAUCCCCACUUGCUGGCCAAUCCCAGUGGUCUGGCCAACACGCCCAAACGGAUCCUUCGAUCCGCUAAAAGCGUUCCGCACAUGAAUGUGCGAUCGUCAGCCAGUGAGACAGACAUUUUCUCAAUAAGCGGCACCAUGACUGGAGGCAGCCAGAUCAGCAUGACGCCCGAGGUACCCUUUAUAUCGUUCAGCAACCUGCCAAAGAACUACGAAGACACACCCACCAUCGAAAAAUACAGGGUGUCCCAGAGUCUUUACUCCAUUCAGACGGCAAAUGCAGCUAGGGCCACCCAAGAUGAUUACUCGAUGCCACGCUAUUUCCGGCGGUCGGCCAUGCUUCUGACCCAGAGUUCAGAGGUUCUGCCAGGUUCCAGUUCGUUGGCCUCCAUGUCGCCGUCGAUUACCUCUUCUUCUGCUUCCCCGGGAUCCUCCAAAGACGAACUGCGGCGCCCCGAGAAGGAAAAGAGCAAGAGAUUGCAGAUGCUGCGCGGAAAUCUGCCGCCCCUGCUCAUACAUUCCGUAUCUUUCAAACGCAACCGUGACGAUGGAAAGCAGGUGCAGUAGAUGCGUUUCCCAAAUAUGUUCAUUUUUAUAACCACUUUGUCCAUGUUAACUUAGACGCGUUCACUUUGUCAUAUUGUAAGCUAAUUGUUGACCGACUAAUUCACUCAGUAUUCUUAUGAAGCAUGUUAUACGUUUUAAUUGAUAUUAUAAAUAAAUUGUAUUUUACGCCUA